CCAGCCCCUUGCUGCCUGGUGGCGGUUGCCUCAAAUUGAUGGCAUGCCAUGUCGUGAACUUCGAGAUCUGGGCUUGACCUUAGCCAUUGACCAGCAGGAGAUCUGUCUUUCAGCACUAACCAUGCCAUCGAAAUCCAAGUCCAAAUCCAAAUCCAAAUCGCAGCGGGCAGGGCAGACGGAGUUUCGUCGGGUCUGGGACACAGAUAGCACCGCGGAGCUCCUUGCUUGGCUGGAUUAUUGUUGCAAAUACGGAAUCGAUUUCCUGGACACGGUGGUCAACCACCUGCAUACCAAAACGGGACGGCGCCGUGACUUGGACCAGGUCAAAAGCAGGCUGCGGCUCAAAUGGGACCAAUGGGGUUCCGACGAACGCGGCUCAAACUCUCGCGACAUGUACCACAAGGGAACGUCGUGUCUGACGCGGAUUGACAGUGAGGAAAAGCAACCAAUCCUGGAAGCAUUCCGCCGACUGGGUGAGCUGGAUUUGAGAUAUCGCCUUCGCAGCACCACUUCCACCACCCGUUCCACCAACCGCUCUCGCUCUCGCACCUUGGCCGCUGUUCAACAAGGCCGUGAGGCAUCCCAGUCCCCUCUUUCCAAUCUUUCCACCACGCCCUCCCCACCCCCGGUUCCACCCACGCCUUUUGAAAGCGCCUCAGUGUCGUCUAGCCCUGUCAAACAAGAAAAAGGGGAAGUGCCCGAUAGUGACGAGUAUCCACCAUAUCCCGACUCGAGUUCAUCAGCAGAAGAGGAGGACACUAUUACCCCUGAGAGAUAUAUUAGCAGAGACAUUGGGGGAAAGCGGCGACGCCUGGGAGACUUGGAAGGCAGGUUCCACGAUAAAGCGAACCAACUCGCAGAAAGCACAACGGCAAUUUUGGCACACAGGAGCCAACUCUUCACCCUGUCAAACCAAUUCUCUGCGAUCAGGCAAGAGAAUGACCAGUUGCUUCGCAGUAUUCGCGCCGCAGAAUCGCAACAGGACAAGGCAGCGUUGCUCAGCAAACUUCAGUACGAGAAUCUCAUCCUCAAGCACAGACUCGCAGCCAGUCAAAGCUACCAAGAUGACACGAGAGAGCUCGAGGCGGGGACUCUAGGGCCCACAAAAGCUGAGAUCAAAAGAGAGAUGAUGAUCAUUGAAGACAUCAUCAACGAUGCCGCAUCUUCACUGUGGGGAGUGCAUAUUCCUUUCCAGGUCGAAAACGUGGACUUCCCGGAGCACUCCCGCGCCUUUGCCGAGUCUCUGAUAGCUAGGGUUAGCGGUUGGAACAGCAUCGAUCAGUUCAGCGUCUACAUACAAGAUAACGAUAUCCCCAGGCUAGAAGUCGUCAGGUCUAUCGCUUCAGUCGGUAUAUCUACACUAGUCUUCGAGUCGACGUUUCCCGAUUUCCAACUGGUAGAAUCUCCGCUCUUGGAUCAAUACCGCAAGCACCUGCUAAUUCGAGACGGCCCAAACUCACUUCGAGAUCUCGACCUCCUCGCGCAUAAAUCGCUAAUCUCGCACGCCAACUUCAUAUCCCAAAUCAUCACCAACAAAGCCAGGGAACUGACAAGUCAGCUGGCCGAGGCACUGUCUCCAUUCAUCAACCCGAGCACUACCAUCCCUCCUGGUGAUGGGAUGGUAGGUAUCACCUCCACCGCCGACCCUUCUUUCGACCUAGAAGGCGCCGAAGACCAGGGAGAGGAAGACAUCAGCCCAACAGAGGCUUUCCAAAGCGUCGUCGAAACGGCACUCACAAUCCGAGCCAGGAUGAUCCUCGGUGGGCCCAGAGAGUACGGCCUUGUUUACGUCCCUCCGGGGACGGACUUCAACCCAGAGACAAUGAACCAGAACGGGCAAAACCGCGAUGACGAUAAUGACGCCACGCCCAAAAGGGUGGUUCAUGUCAGCAAGAAGGAUCCCCGCCGUCGUUUGUCGCAGAUGUCAUCGCAUAGACCCCCGACCUCCACCAGCGGUAGCAGCAGCAACGAUGGAAACAACAACAGCAACAGCAAAAGUAGUAUUCCCGCCAAGAAAGUGAGGCUGUGCCUGUUCCCGGCACUGUAUUGUCGCCCGCCUCCGCCGAUCGAUCCGGCUGGUGGUGGUGCAAAUGUCGAUGUCGGGGAUCUCCUGGUCCAGUGCCGGAUAUUCACGGAGGGUGACCACGCGGACUUGGGGAGUCUUGGAAACGGCUUUGAAUUGAUAGCCAAGGCGGUUGUGCUGGUCUAGACUCCAUGAAACCUAUUUUUUCUACUCUUUUCAGCGUCAAGACGCAAGUUCACCUGGUCUGUUCUUCCGGCAUCACCGAUUAUUUGCUAUGUAAGGGCGAGACAUACUCAAGGAUUGGUGGACUUAGGGUAUUCGAAUCACAUGUGUAAGGGAUGAAACGGACUGAGCUGAAGAUGGUAUUGCAGAAGGAGAAACAGGACUUUGUUUCUUCAGCACUUCAUAGAGGAGGACGGAGCUACCAUAGGAUCAGUCUUAUGAGAGUCAAUAAUUUGAUAUCAUGGCCUUAGGAUUCUA